AUGGAACCCCUUCGAAGCCCGAGCACCCUUGAUUCAACGCUUACUCUGGAUUGUACAAAGGCCAAUGGGACAGUCUCUCGUAUAAACGACAGUCAUUCAGUGGCAAUAACUUCGGCUCGGUCCAUGAAUGGCGCGGAGAUAUGUUCUUCUAACCGGCUCGAUACGCGCAAUGUCGCAAGUCGUUUUCCUUUGGAUGAUAAUGCCGUUUAUAACCGUAGCCCUCUCAGUGUCUGGCGAGAUGAUACUUUUGCUGCUUCUUCAGUCUCGGAUGGUCUUAGAUGGUUUAAAGAUGGCGUCGAUCGAACUUCCGAGAUGAGAUUUUCUGAUGAUUGGUCAGAGAACCCGAUUCGAUCAGUCUACUUAACACUGCACAACUUCUAUCGACAGGUACGUACUAGAUAG